AUGGGACGGGACAAGACCCUACUGGCCGGAAUAGAGCUCGGGUUGGAUGUGCUGGGCAGCAGCACGCAGUGGGCCGUGGCUGGUGCGGUGGGCGUCGCGCUAAUAACGAGAGCCGACGUUGAUACACUGGUGUAUGUAUUGGGGUCCCUCAUCAAUGCGGUGUUCUCCAAAGUUUUGAAGAAGACCAUCAAUCAGGUGCGCCCGGACGGGGCCCAGCUUUCAGACCCAGGGAUGCCGAGCUCGCACGCCAUGACGCAGACGCUACUUGGCAUGUACGCCUUGACGGCCAGUCUUUGGAGGGUCAAAGCGGGGUUCCAUACUCUUCCGCAGGUUGCUGUCGGAGCUGCAGUGGGAGCAGUGGACGCGGUUCUUUGGUACCACCUCUGUCAUCCUUAUUUAUUGUCGCAGGCAAGACUGGGUGUCGUAUGUGCUGUAGAUGCUGCUGGCGUUGGGGGCAAGGAGUAG